GGCGCGACGUUGCAAAGGAAGUGAUUUAGGACUGGCUAUGCUGAAAACAAUGAGUAUACCUACGACAGAGUAAAUCGUCUCUGCAAAAGCGUUGAUCAAUUGUAUUUUUAAGGUUUUCAUUUGAGUUUUACGUUACGGAAUGCUAGCGAAACAGUAAUAUAACAAUUCAGUGUCUGCAACUUAACGUUUGAUGGCCAUCAGUGUUAGUUGUAUGCAUCCAACUCCAGCCCUUAGCGUUAGCUAAAGAUAACUGGUUUGCUAACGUCAGCUGCUCCUUCUUGGCUGAUUACAAUGACUUUUUCACGGGAGAUCAAACAUUUACAGAAGGCCAAAAACAAAGCCCAGAGCAACCACAACCUGAGGGAAGAGGCCAGUCUUUGCAAUCAGCUUGGAGAAUUAUUUGCCAAAAAUGGUGAUUACCAAGCUGCAAGUGAGGAGCAUAGACGAGAGCUGGCCCUGUCUGAGGCUCUGGGAGAUGUCAUUGGCUCAGCUGUGGCCAAUCGGAAGAUUGGAGAAUGUUUUGCUGAGAUGGGAAACACAGAUUUGGCUUUGAAGCAUCAAAGGAGGCACCUGGACCUUGCACGCUCCGUCUGUGAUGCGGCAGAGGAGCAGAGAGCCCUGGCCACCAUUGGCCGGACCUAUCUCUUUCGUUAUGAAUCGGACAAGUCACAGGAUAGCUUGGGCCAAGCGAAGGAGGCAUUCAGGAAGAGUCUGGCCAUAGUGGAUAAUCGCCUGGAAGGUGUUUUGCCAGCGCGGGAGCUAAGUGAGAUGAAGGCGCGCCUCUUCCACAACCUGGGCUGCGUUUACGACAACCUGAAGGACCCGCAGCGCUGCAGCGAGUACAUCCGCCGCAGUGUUUUCAUCGCAGAGAAGAACAAUUUCCUGGAGGAUCUUCAGAGAGCAAACUCCCUGAUGGGAAGGAUCCAUUUUUGCAAUGGACAGCACUCCCGUGCCAUGCGCUGUCUAGAGCAGGCCAAAGAAUGCGCCCGGAAGAUGAAGGACAAGUUUGGGGAGAGCGAGUGCUUCUGUAGUAUUGCAGAGAUUCAACUUUCUUUAGGGGACUUUGUGGCAGCUCGUCGCUCUCUGAAAAAAGCCUUUUCCCUGGGGUCACUGCACGCCGCCGACCGUGAAGCCGUGAAGAAGGCUCUAAAAAAGGCCAUUCGAGGCGUCCACCUGGAAGAGGCUGUAGCAGAGCUGAAGGAGGGGCAGACCCAGGAGGCCAUGGGGCUGGCUGAACAGCUGGGGGAUUUGUACUCUAAGCUGGGCUGCUACAACAAAGCACUGGACUCUUACCUCACGCAACUUUCUUGUGCUGAGGCUCUGGGGAAAACUUCUCGAGAGCUGGCUGUGAUCCACGUGUCUCUGGCCAUUACCUAUACGGACCUGCGGCAGCACCACAAGGCCAUAGAACACUACAGGCAGGAGCUGGCACUUAGACAGGGCAGCCCCAAUGAGGAGUGUAAGACAUGGUCGAACAUAGCAGUGGCUCAGGAAGAGGCUGGGGAGGUGGUGGACGAGUUGGACAGCAGCUACGCGUCUGCUCUGCGCUGCGCUGAGAAAGCAGGAACUUCUUUGUUAUCACUACAGAAACGUGUGCUACGUCAGUGGCUAGCUGCCCAGCAGCGGCUUGGCUCAGACCACUCCAGUGACACGCGCCGCCGGCUGGAAGAACUGUGCUCCACUACAGGACUGAAUCCUGACGACAGUGACGAAGAAGAGGAGGAAGAGGAGAACAGCGAGCCUCUGGAGGACAGCGACAUCCAGCUCUCAGACUCUGAUGAGGACCUAGAAGAAUAUGACAAAAUGCUGUCUGGACGGAGAAAGGCUGGCCGGUGGAACCGGCGUAACGAGAAGGGCGAGACGUGUCUGCACAGGGCCUGCAUCGACGGGAACCUCCGGCAGGUGCAGCUGCUGAUGGAACAGAGUCACCCUGUCAAUCCAAGAGACUACUGUGGAUGGACUCCUCUCCACGAGGCUAGCAACCAUGGGCAUGAAGCGAUCGUAGCCGUGUUACUGGAGCGCGGAGCGAACAUGAACGACCCCGGCGGCCCGAUGUGUGACGGCGUCACCCCGCUGCACGAUGCCCUAAGCUGCGGACAUUUUGCUGUAGCCCGUCUGUUGGCAGAGAAGGGCGCCUCGGUUAACGUGCGAAACGCCAAGGGAGAGACUCCAUUGGACAGCCUUCGUCAGUGGUUUAAGACGUACAAUAGGGAGCUGGACGCCGAUGCCAGGCAGGAGUGUGCUUCUACUGAGAAACUGCUGAGGAGAGCGAUGGCAGGAGGAGGAGUGCUGACUACUUCCAUCGCCCCUAAGCCCCAAGCUCCUCUUUUGGACAGUCAGCUGUUUGACCCUGAGAACUCAGAGCCGCUCAUGUCCUCCCAGCGGUCUCCACCCCGGCCCAGCAGCCCUCAGGAGAGCCCGGCCCCACCCAGCACCCAGCGCAGACGGCCAGUCAGCACGGCUCGCUGCCACAGAGGGACGGAGGACGCCAUAUUGUUCGGGGCGGAGAGCAGCUACUCGGAUCACAGCGACUCCGAUGAACCCAUCAGCCCCCUGCGGCCCGUCCGACCCAGACUACGUUUCCCAGAUGCCCCUUCGGCACCACAUGUUCCUCCCAGACAGGAGGCAAACGUGUCAUCUAGGAGAGAGGAGUAUCGCUUGGCCAUCAAGAACCUGGGCAGCGCCAAGAACCGCCUCCUCUCCCAGAGCCUAUCCGAGCCCAUGUUCAGCAGCACACCCGCCCCACCAGCCAAUGACAAGGCAGCCCUGGUCCCCGAGGAUGAGUGCCUGGCGGAUGAUUGGCUGGAGGACGACCUGGGGGAGACGCAGCCGAAGAAGAAGAGGAAGGUGGGGCACGAACCAGAGGGCAGGAGGGAGAGCAGCGGGCAGCCAGCACACCAGCCGAGCCGUGCCUCUCACUCGGCCUUUGCCUCGGCCUUUGCCUCGGCCUCCUCUGAGUCCUCAUCCAGGGCAGUACGCUCCUCCUCCAGUAGGGGUCUCUCUCUGAAAAAGGGCCAGGCCAAAGCCAGGCAGGUGAAGAUGACCCAGCUGUCCGGCAUGGUGAUGCUGGGCCGCCGAGAGGUCAGCAGGUCACCCAGCCCCACCAUCUUCCAGGAUGAUGACCCCGCCCAGUUCGCAGCUACGCACCAACACAGUGUGCCAGUAAGGGUCAUGUGUCAGGCCGCAGCUCCAGCCGUUGCUGCACCGAUGCCCGCACCUAUCAGAAUGAGGGUCAGGGUUCAGGACAAUGUGUUUCUCAUUCCAGUCCCACACAGCGUGGCCGACUCCUGCACCGUGUCCUGGCUGUGCGAGCAGGCGGCCCAGAGGCACUACCAGACCUGUGGCCUCCUGCCACGCCUCUCGCUGCAGAAAGAGGGCGCUCUGCUUGCACCUCAAGACCCUCUCCUGGCUGUCCUGCACACCAAUGAAGAGGUUCUGGCCCAGGUGUGUUCGUGGGACCUACCCCCUCUGCCUGAGCGCUAUCAGAAGGCCUGCCGCAGCCUGGCUGUGGAGGAGAGUGUGCGUGUUUUGCGUCUUUGUGAGGUGCAGGACGGCGGCUCAUCGGUGAGUGUGUGUGGGCUCAGUCUGGCGUCCCCGGCCCUGGCCCCUCUGCUGCGUGCCCUCAAGCUCCAGGCCAGCCUCACGGAGCUGCGUCUCUCGGCCAACCGUCUGGGCGACGGCCUCCUGCCCGAGCUGGUCGCCGCUGUGGCCACUAUGCCCAGGCUCCGCCUCCUGGAUGUGUCGGCCAAUCUGAUCACGGGAGAAGGGCUCAAGAAGGCCGCUGAUUCGCUGGAAGGGAAGUGUCAGCCUGCAUUCCCAUGCCUGGAGGAGCUGAAUCUCAGCAUGAACCCACUGGGUGACGGGCACACCCAGGCCCUGGCCAGUCUGCUGUCGGCCUGCCCGCUGCUGGCCACUCUGUCCCUGCAGGGCUGCGGCCUCACUGCCCGCUUCCUGCAGCAACACCGCCUCCUGCUGGCCAAUGCCCUAGCUGGAACUGGGCACCUGAGGACCGUGUCCCUUUCCCAUAAUUCUCUGGGCUCCACUGGCUUUGAGCUGGUGUUGAAGACGCUGCCCCUCCACUGCCUCUCCCACCUCCAUCUGUCUGCGGUGUGCCGAGGGCCAGCCGACCAGCCGCCCCUGGAGCAGCUCGUCACACACCUUGCUCAGUGUGACUGCUCACUUAGCCACCUCAGCUUGGCCAGCAAUGGACUGACUGACCACAGCGUUGCCUCACUGGCCAGGUUCCUGCCCGUCUGUCCCUCGCUGGCGUCAUUAGAUCUGUCGGCCAACCCAGACGUGACGUCAGCUGGUCUUCACAGCCUCCUGGUGGCUCUGAAGGAGGCACGGCGGCCCCUGACCCAGCUUAACCUCCAGGGGUGCCAGAUUUCUGGUCCCUGGAAUACUGUGUGCUUGGAUGAUCUUGCCGAAUGCGUCCAGGACUUGCGUCUUUGCUCCCAGAGGCUCAACAAACUAGACCAGCAGGCCUUGCAGCAGAGCUGGCGGCUCCAGGGGGGCGGCCGAGCCCUCAUCCGUCAGUCCAAGUGCAUGAUCAGCACCGCCGGACCCUCAUGAACAACAAGUCCACUUGUUCAUUACUGUAUAAAUGUACAGUAUUCCACUUGAGUAAUAGCAUAUGUGUUUUUGUAUGUGUUGUAUUUAAAUGUUUUGAAUGUGUUAAAUGUUUUGAAUGUUUAAGAAGUGCAAUUAAACGUUAUCAGGUGUU